CUCAGUGCGCAAGUCGCACACUCAACGUGUGAGAGUUGGCAGCCCUGCUGUGACCCUCUAUUAUUUAUCUGCACUUUAGCUGUAGCUGUAACAUGAUAUUCUACACUCUCCACUCCUCUAGCUUUCUUUCCUCCCUGCAGGCUGAAGAAAUGUCUUAACAUGAAACGUCACCUGUCCAUGUUUUCCAGGAAUGCUGCCUGACCUGCUGGGUUAUUCAAGCUAGAGGAUGUUGGCUGAACACAGAGGGCCCCAAGCUAUAGGAGAGUUGGCAGGCUAGGACUUUAUUCCUUCGAGCGCAGCCACUCAGGAGGAUGAGGGGUGAUCUUAUAGAGGUGGGUAUAAAAUCAUGAGAGGAACAGACUUGGGUAAAAUCCAGUGUCUCUUGCGCAGAGCAGGGAAAUUGAGAACCAGAGGACAUAAGUUUAAAAUGAGGGGGAAUAGAUUUAAUAGAAACCCGAGGGGUUAUGUUUUUACACUAAGGCCAGGGGGUAUAUGAAAUGAGCUGCCGGAGGAGGUAUUUGAGGCAGCUAGUAUCGCAACAUUUAAGAAACAUUUAGACAGGUACUUAGAUAGGACAGGUUUCACAGGUCUUUUAUUGUCACAUGUAACAAUUAAGGUACAGUGAUUUGUGAAUUACCAUACAGCCAUACGGAAAAAAAAAGCAAGACAUACAUAAAAGUUAACAUAAACAUCCACCACAGCAGAUUCCCCACAUUCCUCACAGUGAUGGAAGCUAGAAAAGAGGGAUAUGAGCCAAACGCAGGCAGGUGGGACUAGCAUAGAUCGGACAUGUUGUUCGGUGUGGGCAAGUUGGGCCGAAGGACCUGUUUCCAUGCUGUAUGACUCUGACUCCAGCAUUAUCUUUUUUGUUAAUCAGCAUCUGCAGUUCCUUGUUUCUACCUUCUACACUGUUUAUUUUCUCUUUAACUGCCUGAUAUACCUGUGUAUGUUAUGAUCUGCAUGGAUAGCACACAUAACAAAGCUGUUUACUCCACUACACAUGAUAAUAAUAAACUAAUACCAAUCUGUAAAGGGAGAAACAAUUGACAUCUUAGGCUGAAAAAAUCCCCAGCCAUUCCAUGUACCAGAGGGAUACUGGCAUAGGCAUGUUGUAAAUGAGUGGACACAAUUAUGACUUUCAAGACAUCUCGACAGAUAUGUGGAGAGGAAGGUGGACUGUUGGGGCCUAACACAGGCAAGUGGGACUUGCACAAAUAGACAUCUUGGUGGGCAAGGGCACGGUUGGGGCAAAGGGGGUGUUUCCUUGCUGUAUGACUAUUAAUCUGCUCCAUGCUGUUCUAUCAAUCAUUGAUUCAACUGUGUAGGAAGGAACUGUAGAUGCUGGUUCAAACCAAAGAUAGAUACAUAAAGCUGGAGUAACUCAGCGGGACAGGCAGCAUCUCUGGAGCGAACGAAUGGGUGAUGUUUUGGGUCAGACUCGUCAGGGGAAAGGGAAAUGAGAGAUGGUAGACGAUGAUGUAGAGCAGGGUCGGCAUCAAAGAUCUUUGACCACAGCUCUGCGCUGCUCAUCGGCCCCGCCAUUGCACCACCAAGCCUCGGGCCCGGGAGGUACCGGAGAUGACACAAGUCUGCAGGCCGUGUGAUUUCGGGUUACGAGCCGCAUUCGGCCCGGGGGCCUUAGGUUGCCGACCCCCUGAUGUAGAGAGAUAAAGAACAAUGAAUGAAAGGGCUGAACAAGGAUCUCGGCCCAAAACGUCACCUGUUCCUUCUCUCCAGAAAUGCUGCCUGUCCCGCUGGGUUACAUUUUGUGUCUGUGGGUAGGAAGUGUUUAGAUAAAAAUAUUUAUUGCGCUGCCGCAAGAAUUUCAUUGUUCCAUUUCGGGACAAAUGAAAUAAAACACUCGACUCUUGAAAUGGGAUUGGCUUAUUAUGCCAACUUGAUAGGCAUGGACAAGGUGGGCCGAAGAGCCAAUUUCCGUGCUGUACAGGAGGAGGAGAAGCAGGGAAUUGAGGAGUUUUUAAACGUUUGGUCCAGACUGUGCUGGCUAGUCAGGUGAUAAAAGUAGAUUUAACGUUAUGAAAUGAGUGUGGGGUUUUAAUGCUGCAAUGGGAAACCAUCUGACAAGUGUGCGUGUGUAUGUAUCCAGGGCGGGGCAGGGGGUGGUAGAUUCACUCAACAGGGGAGAGAGUAAGAGGCUGCGUUCCAGAUCGAGUAUUUCCAGCAAAGAACUAUAUGAUCUUGGUUUCUAGCCCCCUUGCUUUUAUUUUAGAUUUGCAACAUUUUGCAAUUGGUUUACAUCGUGUAGCCGUUACCAAGGGUGGGACACGUUUGCACCUUGCAAAGUUGCAACUGGAAGCUUGUUUAAGGCCGGUUUAAUCUCGCCCUUUGGUGCGUGAUCCAAUAUCCCGUUACUCCAUUUCGCUCAGCAAAACAAAACACAAAGUACUGGAGGAAUUCAGCUGGUCAGAUAAGGAAUGCUCAAGAUUUCAGCAUCUGUAGUUCAUGGUGUCCCAGUGUUAAUACAAGGAACUGUGCUGGAGUAAGUCAGCGGGCCAGGCAGCAUCUCAUGAGAACAUGGAUAGGUGACGUUUCAGUCUGAAGAAAAGUCCCGACACGAAAUGUCCUCUGACCAUUCCCUCCCUAGAUGUUGCCUGGCCCGCUGAGUUCCUCCACCACUUUGUGUCUUGCUCAAGAUUCCAGCAACUGCAGUUGCAGGUGUCCGCCUCAAUGAGUGCAUUAUGUAUCGGAGGGCAAUAAUUGACGAGCAGAAUGACUGACAAUCCCUUUGAGGCCGCUGGUGUAUUUUCGUUCAAACCGGGUUUAUAACGCCACUGUUCGCAGGCAGGCGGCGCCGAGCGACCGUCCAAUUCCAGGGAAGGGCUUUGAUUUUGUUACUGGGAACGGAACCCCGAAAGACCUCAGGAACAACUGGACACAUCUGGCAAAGGGUGUGAGCAGUCGCCUUGAAGAGCAACAUCUGCAGAGCACGGUGCAGGGGUUGCGUAAACCCUCGGCCACAACUGCUUCGAACAUGCUGGCGGAAAGAUUUGGGUCGUUGACUGAAGAUGAGGGUGUGGAAAUUCAGUCAAAGGCGCUCAGCGAGGGAGAUAUUACCGCUCCAUCAUCGAUUUUAGGAGUUCUGGGCAGUCCCUAUGUCUUGAAUUUUCACCCAAGUUUGAUGACAAAAUUUGCCUUUCCCAAAAACCGGAUGGAGGCUAUGGAAGUUACCUACAAUGCCCGGGCACGUCGGCUGAUUGUGCUGGACAGCAUGGGCUGUGUGAGCUGGAGCCUGAACGCAGUUGGUGGAGGCAAAAGGGAACUGGAGUUUCCCAAGCAAAUGUACAGCGUUCUGAAACAAAUUAUCCACUGCAGCAAGUUCAAUGUCUAUUUUGUCCUGGGAAAGGAUUGCUCCCUGAAGGUCUACAACAAGGAUUUCUAUGAGACCUUUGCAGUUCUCAACUCUGACAUGAAAGUGGUGAAGUCUAUCGUAUUUAACCCGAAGACCGAUGAGCUUAUUACUGGUGGCAUCGGUGGAGUCAAGUUCUGGAAGUACAAAGUUAACCCAAAGAGCACAAACAAGAUCGUGGCCAUGUCCAACUACGAACUUUUCUUGAGGGCGGACUACCCUGACAUGGGAGGGACGUGGGUGAAGAAGGUGUCCCUGGACGUGGGCAGCCAGCAUGUCUUCUGCUGCUCGCUCCAGGCCCUGUUCUGCUACGACACGGAGGGGAAGCUGCUGCUGAAGAUCCCCCAGCCCCACAGGUCAUCGCCCUCGGCCUGCCUCUACUCGCCCCACCAUAAGGUGGUGCUCACCUGCUCCGGAGACUGCCACAUUAACAAGUGGUCGAGGAAAGGGAUCCUUCUCCACAAGUUCACAGGUCACACCAAGGUCGUCACGAACCUGCUGCUUCACCCCGAUACCAGGGCGGUCUUUAUCUCCAGCUCCAAGGACGGCUCCAUCAGGUUCUGGUCCCUGGACACGUUGAACGAACUCUUCAGCAUGUCGGUGAUGGUGGAGGGCAUUGAGUGGAUGGGACUGACGGAGAGCUCCUGGCUGUACUGCUGCUCCCACCGGCAUUGCCACACCUAUGCCAUCAACCACUUCACCCACUUCUGGAACCACACCAGCAGCCCCGUCACCCACAUCGGCUUAGGCUCCGCCAAAGGGAAGACCACUCGAGUCACCGUCUUACAGGAAGAGAACAAUCUACACGUCAUGUCCCAGAGUCAAGGGGUGAACCUGUCUGUGGUGCUCCCACUGCCGAUAAGGACCCUGAUGCAGUACACCUACAACAGGAACAGGAACCUGGUCUUCUAUCUGGUGGAGCCUGUGGAGAUCUGGAUCUACACCAUCAAAACCAACCCAUCCUGCAGAAUCGCUGUGUGGAACAUUCCGGAAAUAGUCAGACAUGCCUACACCCCCAAUGAUGGCAAACCGUCGAGACGGAUAUCGCUUGCCAACGACACGCGCCUGUCUCCGUUUGACGAGAGCCUGUGGAAGGUUCCGGACUGUGCGUGCCGAUGUAUCGCCAGCCUCUCCUCACGCAUCCACUACCCGACCGGUGAGGGGACCGCAUGCGCUGACUCAGAGGAGUUUCUGCUCUUGGGCCUGGAGGAUGGACGGAUAUUCUUCGUGGAUACCGAGGUGGUGAACGUGCCCUACCACGACAUCCAAGCCCACGAGGGACCGGUAAUCUUUAUGCAGUCAAUCGUGGAUCAGAGCCAGUUGAUAUCGAUGGGUCAGGACACUGCAAACAAGUGUCUCAAGAUCUGGAGUCUACCCAAGUUGCAUCUUCUCCACGAUGUUAUCAUCCCAUUCUCCACGGUCAGCCUCUCGAUAAUAGGCAAGCACCUGUGUCUGGGGCUGGAGUGCGGGUCAAUCAUCUUCUCCAACUUCAUAGCCACCAGCUCCUGGCUACUUCCGGCAUCUACCACCACACCGCCAGAUUUCGACGAGAGGAGUGACUCGGACGAGAGGCAGACGGCGACUCUAACGGACAACGUAUUCACUGAUGCCUGCCCAAUGCAGAACAUCUUCCUGAGUUGCAGUGGUGAAGCCGUGAUUAAAGUCUGGGAUCUCCAGGGGUAUCUGCUGACUGAGAUAGUUCUCGAUCACACCCUCACCCACGCCAUCUUCCUCAAUGACACAGGAGAUAUCCUGAUGGGCUUCAAGCAGAAUCUCUUCCUCAUCCCUCACCACAAGCUGAUGUUUGAAGUGACAGACUACACGUCUGAUACAUCGGCCAGAGAGUCGGUUAUCUACGAGGACCCAGACAUUAUGGACGAAUACAAGGGGAUUCAAGCUCAGUCCCACAUGGAUAUAGAUACUUAUUUGACACCCUUCAUGUAUCAUGAUGUAUUGUCGGAUAUUCAAUCACUCACGUCCGAGCUGUUACCCACUGCAGAGGUUGCGGUCACCAACAUAGAGGCUUCUGGCGAAGUUCUGACCACCAUCAUGGAAACCAGUGCAUCUCCAGACACUGCACAACUGGAGCAGGUGGCAGAAGAGAGAAGUGGAGACAUCCUGCAAGAAGAUAGCUCGCUUACUGAUCUGGACAGGGUGCCCCAAACUACAUCGAUGGUCGACUUCGCAGAACUCAGUGAGACCGAGAUUGGCACAGUUGAGGAGAGCAGGGCUUCAUCCCUGGAAGACCUCAAGAAGCAGCUGCACCCCAGCCCAGCCGCAGUCACCAUCAACAGAGCCCCCAUUGCCGCUGUGGUCAACCUGGCCGACAGAUUUGAGCUGGCGAGAAGAGGUCUGAAGUUGGACCGGUUCUUCAUCGCCAACCCUGAGCGAGCCAGGACCUUCAGCCUGAACUCGAAGGAUAUCGUGCAGCCUCUCUUUCUGAAUAUUUAUGAGAACAAAACGAUUCUCCGAAAAAAGUCCAAGAAAAAUCGUAAAUCCCAAAUGAAGCCGAUAAAGAUCCCAGAAUCUUUCAAGAGCCAUAUGAAGAUCGUCACAGAGUCAGAGGCAGUAAGCUCAUCUGCGGUGUCGGAAGAUGAGUCAACAAAGCAUGUGCAGAGGGCGGAUAUCUCAGUGAUGGACUGGCUGAUGUCCGACAUGCAGAGGAAGGAGUCGCAGAAGAUCGUGCAGCAAGAGCGAGCGACGCUGGGCGAGGAGCGGCGGAUCGUGCAUCAGCUGCAGCGCAUUCACCGCCAGCGCAACCUCCCCGGCCAUGAGAACUGCAGCCAGGCACUCUCAAUGCAGCAAGUGGUGGAGUCACCAGUGGUACAGAGCGAGCCGCCGCCCCUCCAUCACCGCCUCUCCGGGAGGAUCCCCAUCCCGUCCACAAUCAAGUUCCGGUCGCUCUUCCCCACCCCCGUGCCAAAGACAAGGACCAAUCGCAUCAUCCCAUCCAUGGACCCACGCUACCGCAUGUUUGUCCUGGUGCGUGAGACCUAUGCUCCGCCGGAGAUGCCCAUUCCCAGCCGGCUGGAGGAGAGGUUGUUGAAGGAACGCUUCCCCAACUACAAGCUCCCGCUGAUGAAGCCCAAGCCCCAGCUGGUGGACAGGAAGAUCUACGGCCCCGGCAGCAUCGCUGCUCUGAUGCCUUCAUGCUCGAAGAAAUUUUAACAAAGGCCUCAUGGUGGCAGCACAGAGAUUGAAAUAUAUUCAACACCAAAUGACUAAAUAAAUGUGAACAAUUUCCCUUUGUUCCUUUUGUAGUUGUUAGUUUUGAUAUAAUGUGUUUCCAAGUCAAUUAUAUUUCAGGCCGUUAGCAUGACAAACCACCGGGGUCAGACACAGAGUGAAACCCGCUACACCGUCCCCACAGAGUUGGGAAGAACAAGUCCAUGGUCGUGCAAUAAAUUAAUUAUGAAAGUCUUAGACUGGGUAGACAGUUGGAAUCUUUACCCCAGGGUGGAAAUGUCAAAGACAAGAGGGCAUAGCAUUAUGUAAGGUCAGGGGUAAAGUUGAAAUGCUCCAGGGGCAACAGUCCCAGUGCAGAGAUAGGCACAAAGUACUGCAGGAACUCAGCAGGUCAGGCAGCAUCUCUGGAGAAAAAGGAUGGGUGCGGUUUAGAGUCGGGACCCUUCUUGAGAUUGAAAGUAGUGGGGGGGGUGGGUAAAGAACUGGAGGUGAGAAAAGUCCAGGACCAGUCAAGGCCAGACACAAAUGGGCGAUGCUGCCUGACCCGCUGUGUUACUCCAGCACUUUGUGCCUGUCUUUGGUAUAAUCCAGCAUCUGCAGUUCAUUUCUGCACUAAUGACCUCGGGCAGGGUGGUGCCUGGUAGGCCCAUCGUUGGCUUGGGGAGGUCUACCCAGCUUCUCCUUAUAACUCAAACCCUCCAGUUCUGGAAACAGGUUGGUGAGUGAAGAGGCGUGAACGGAGCCACGGAGGUUUCUGUUGGUGUCGGUGGUGGAGGACGAGACAGGGGGGAGGAUUUGAGUACAAGGAC